GCAGGAUCCUUUUCCACAGGACUUCGACUUCGAGCACAGGAGUGAAGGCAGCACUAAUUAGACAGUGAAAAAGUGAUUCACACAUCAAACCUUGGUAAUAGGUGGCUACUGCAAGUUCACCUGUUCGCUGAGAAUCCUGGGCUGUAUUGGUUGUCAGCAAGAAACCGAGCUGCAAGACCAGUUAAUUGCUUGAUAAAAUCUUCGCUAGCACCCCCUGUCGCUGCUUAUGCUAAUGCUAGCAUGGUCUCUCACAGACCAGUCUCCAUCUUUGCCUUCCUGAGUGGCUGCAAGCUGCGAGCUCCAAGCUCCAACACCAGUGUGCCCCAUUUUGAAUACAGAGCAACGGAGGAAGUCAGGUUUAAUGGCUACAAUGAGCACGUUUUGCAGUGCACAGCUUUUCGAAGCAUGAUAGUGCAACUCUCAGCUCCUGCUCAAUGUUUAGCUGGGACCUGUACUUAGUCUUCAGUGCAGCAACAGCAGAGAAGCCAAUCUCACAAAGUGUGCUACUCCAGGCCAGGACAACCUCACAGCGAGGAGCAUCUCUGCACGACUAGCAGAGAGGAGGAGAAAGCUCGGAGCCCAGAGACAGUGUUCAUGCUGCAGGGACAAUCAGAAUUCUCACUUGAAGCGCCAGUGCUCUCCAACUCCAGCUAACCCUCCCCAGAAGAGGAGGACCAAAGUGGUCGGUCCUUCUGGACCUUCUGCUGUGCCUUCCACCCUCAGACCUCCACUCCAGGUUCUCAGACUUUGGUCACAAAACCCUCAGCCACCAUCCCAGAGGAUGACCUGCCCCCGGUCACAAAUGCAGCCCCCAGCUUCCAGCCCUCCACCGAUCCGGUGCAGGAAGAUAGCCCCCUGGUGAUCCACAACAACACAGUGGAAGAGUACCAACAGCUGUACCACAGAGUGGUUGAUGACAUGCUGAGGUACAAGAACGGUCGGGUCAGUCCAGACAGUUUGGCCCUGGGACGCUGCAUAAAGCAGAAGCUCUGGGACAGACUGAAUCGUCCCACAAUGACGACAUCUGAGGGUAGAGCUCCUGGUGUUUCACAUCUCUUAAAAAGUGUUGUGCUGCAAUUUAAGACCACAGAAAGGCAACUUUCAGUCUUUAGAGUAUAAGUCCUCUACACACCAUGUCAUGCAAAACCCAUGAAGAGGCCUACGCCUCCCUGAUGAGAGGCCUGAAGGAGCUGGAUCUACGGGGACCCUGUGUUCCCAGUGACCUGGUGUUGAUUGGAGACCAUGCCUUUCCUUUGGCAAUGAACAGCCGAGGCCAGGUGCUGAUGGCUGCCUCUCUGUACGGCAGUGGAAGGAUUGUGGUCCUGGGUCAUGAGGGCUACCUGACUACCUUUCCUGCUCUGGUAGAAAAUGCUGUGACCUGGCUGAGAGGUGAUAGAUGUGAUAACCUCUCUGUAGGGGUGCACAGAAAUGCCAGUGCAGUUGCUGAUAACCUCAGAAAAUCCAGCUUCCAAGCAGAAGUUGUGGGGGCCUUCAGUGAUAACCUGGGGGUUGGUGUUUAUGUGACCAAUGCUUACAGCGUGGGUUCAGACCCGAAGGAGCUGGUUACAUUUCUGAAAGCUGGAGGAGGGGUGCUGAUAGCGGGGCAGGCGUGGAAUUGGGCUUCAAAUCACCCCAAAGAGAACACGCUGCAUCAGUUUGAUGGGAAUAAAGUGUCGGGUGUGGCAGGGAUCUACUUCACUGAGCGUUAUGGUGAGGCGGAGAACCUGCCUGUCUACCCUCAGAUCCCAUCGUCCUGGAUGUCUUUAGCGACAGGUAAGGAUUUUAAGGAUGACUUGGAGUUCUUACUCCAGGGGGUUUCAGAGUUCCCGUCUAGCUAUCAAAGUUCUGAGGUUCUAGUCCACAGCCCGCUAGCCUUUCCCAUCGGGACUACAGGUGAUGGACAGCCAUUCCUGGCAGGAGCCUACUAUGGACGAGGACGGGUCAUUGUGGUUACACAUGAAGGAUAUCUGGGAGUUGAGAGCAUGACUCCGUUUUGGAGAAACGCCAUCCAUUGGUUGGAUGAAGGGCGCAGAGGGGUUGUUGGUGUAAUGGGGAAAUUGCCACUCAAAGUUCUCAGCGAGUCAGGGCUGCAGUGUGAGAAGACAAACUUCAGGAAAGACCUCAGUGUGUUUGUGUGUAAGACGUGUAUCACUGAGCAUUUGGAAGAAAUCCAAAACUUUGUGGCAGAGGGAGGAGGCCUGCUGAUUGGAGGACAUGCCUGGAACUGGGCUCGGACACAUGAAGGGCAAAAUCCACUCACAGAAUUCUCAGGGAACAAGAUCCUGAACCAAAUGGGACUGAGCCUGUUGGAAGCAACAGUCAGUGCAGGAUCCUACAGAGCCCCUGUACCCAGCCAGGCUAUUAAAGAUACCUACCACUUCCGUCACCUUCUACACCGCUUUGCUGCCCACGUGACAAGAGGUGAAAAACUUAGUGAGCGUGAGGAGGAAUAUCUGAAAAAGCUGGGCAGCGACUGCAAAGCAUACUUACACACAAAGGUCCACAGCUGCUUCUACUACACACAAGUGUUGACCACACUCACUGACAUUUUAAUGAGGUCAGGCCUGCCACGGGUGAGUGACAGCUGCCCUGUCAAAACUCCAAAAGACCACCUGCUCCUCAGUUUGGGAUCAGCUGUAUAUGAGGUUUGCCCAAAUCCUGAUGCUCUUCUGCCCUACCUCAUCAAAGAUAAUCCACUGAUGCCAGACGUCUAUAACCACAGGUUCAAGAUUGAUGUUAACACAGCAGGUAGUGAAGAGUGGCUCAGCACUGGGCUCUACCUGUCUCCUGGCAUGAGGACCUACAUGAUCAUGCCAGCUCAGAUCAUCAACAAAGAUUGGAAGAUUCAGAUAGGCUGCCACUCUGAUAACCUACAUGGCAAAGAUGAGCUGAAGAGACCACCACGUGUUACUGAGCGAUUUCCUGUUACUUCAGAGAUGAUGCACCUGUGCAGCCUUUGGGGGGGGCUCAUCUACCUGGUGGCCCCACCCAACACAGACGUGACGGGGUUGGAGGUGACAGUGCAAAAGGCUGUAACUGCUCCAUAUUAUAAGUCUGGUGUGACAACUGCAGCUGAGUGGUCGCUGCUGCGCACAGCUCCUUCACCCUGGGCAGAGUUGGAGUUUGAAAACAUCAUCCUCACCGUACCCUCGGAUGCUGUUCGGGACCUGGAGCGGCCCGAUGCGUUGGCCGCUCUGUGGGAUGAAAUCAUGAGGGCCAUUGCAGAUCUGGCUGCCAAACCACACAAAUUUCCCCGCAAGGAGCGCUUUGUGACAGAUGUGCAGAUUUCUCAUGGCUGGAUGCAUGCAGGUUAUCCCAUCAUGGCACACAUACCCACAGCUGCUGAUGUAGUUGGUGUUAAAAAAGGUAAAAAACUGUGGGGCUCCAUCCAUGAGCUGGGACACAACCAACAGAGAGGCUGCUGGGAGUUCCCAUCACACACCACAGAGUGUACAUGCAACCUGUGGUCAGUGUAUGUGCAUGAAGAGGUGCUGGGCAUCAACAGGGCACAGGCUCAUGAUAAUUUGCUGUUAGCAAAGCGAAAGAGUCGAGUAGAGGAGUACAUCAGAGGAGGCAGGAAACUCAGUGACUGGAGUGUGUGGGUUGCCCUGGAAACAUAUCUGCAGCUGCAGGAAAAGUUUGGCUGGGAUGCCUUUAAGAAGGUGUUUGCUGCUUACCACCACAUGAGCAAAAUCCCCGGUGACAACAAAGGAAAGAUGAACCUGUAUGCUGAGACUUUCUCCCAGACUGUGAGGAUGAACCUGACUGGAUUCUUUAAGGCCUGGGGCUGGCCCAUAAAAACAGCCACUGAAGAGAAACUGUCCGUGCUGCCUUCCUGGAGUGAUCACCCCAUGAGCCAGUAUGCCUGAACCUCAGACCACUGCAGGCUAAAGAAAAGUGAUUUAGUUCAAUCAGUGAGAUUUUUGUUAAUUACCUUUUUGUUAUUAAUCUUUUUCUGACAGUUACUGCAGUACUGCAUUGUACUCCAGCUGAAAGUGAAUAUUGUAGCUUCUUUCACAGUACUUUCAGGGAUCUGUUGCUCCAAAUUAGAGUCUGUCCAAAUUAACUGUGAGAUUUCUUUGUUAUUUUGGAGGGACAUUGAAGUGUCCUCUGUGCUUUUCUGUA